AUGCUUGAUUUCCUUCACUUUCUUGGCCUUGAAGUAUCAUUGAGCUUUGCUAGCUAUUCAUUGUCUCAAGUAAAGUAUGCCUUGAAUCUUUUGUUGCGCUCUAGUAUUACUGACUUUGCUACAGCUCCAACACUAGUCAAUCCCAAUGUUUGCUUGACUCUGUUUGAUGGAAUUCCACUUGAGGAUACCAGUCUCUAUUGUCAUCUUGUCGGCAGUCUUAUUUAUUUGACAAUCACUCGUCCUGACAUUGCAUAUGUUGUUCACAUUGUUAGUCAGUUCAUGGCUGCCCUUCGGACCAUUCAUUUUACUGCUGUUCUUUGUAUCCUCCGUUAUGUCAAAGAACUCUUGUGGCUUCGUUGGCUUCUUGCUGAUAUAGGAGUUCCUCAGUCGUCUGCCACUAUACUUCACUGUGACAAUCGUAGUGCCAUUCAGAUUGCUCACAAUGAUGUUUUUCAAGAACGCACCAAACAUAUUGAGAAUGAUUGUCACUUUGUUUGUCAUCAUCUCUUGAGCGAAACUUUGAUGUUACGCUCUAUUUCCACCGCUGAGCAACCAACCGACAUUCUCACCAAAGCGUUGCCUCCUGAGAUUGAAGAUGGAAAUGUAGAGGAAAUUGAUCAUGAUGAGAAGGAAAAGGAUUUUGAAGUUGAUGGACAAGAAAUUGAAGUUCAAGAACAAGAAGUUGAAGAAGAAAUUUUGAUUGAAGAAGAAGAAGAACUUGAAUAA